UUAGUUUUUUUGGGGUUUGUUUUUUAAAUAUUUUGUCCCUUUCCGUUACUAUAUUUGUAGUAGUCGUUUCUCGGUGGUGAGUGGAUUAGAAAGUUAGGAUUUUAAUUUUCAGAUUUGGGGUUAUGUGUUUGAGAAUAUUCCCUGCCCCAUUUCUGUAAAAUAUGCCUUAAAAGUGUGCCCCUUUGGUCAUUUUGUUGAAAUUAAUUCAUUUUGUGAUUUUUUUUCCAGGUUUACCUUACUAAUUGAUCAUGGAGGAGGUCAUAUUUACACACAUUCACUACGGUGGGACCUUUGUAGAAAAUCCUGACCCUAAUUACCAUUCCUUUUUAGUGCCAGUCAUCAGGUAUAUCGAGAAAGACUACUAUUCCCUAAUGGAAUUGGUUUAUUAUACUAGAGAAUUAGGUUAUUUAACAGUUGAUGUUUUUUUUUUUACCAAGAUGCAAAUACUAGAGAAUUCAACGUUAUUGAGUCUGACCAACAUCUACUGGACCUAAUAAAAGACUUAAAAAAUGAGGACCCCUUUCAUGUAUAUGUCCUUCAUUCAUUGGAUACUACUGCCUUGGCUGAAAAUGAUGGGCCUGUUGGUCUCUUAAAAGGCCCAGAAGUUUUUUCUAGUCAAACUAGGUCAUCAAAAGGGGUUGGAGCUGCUGAUAACUUAGAUGAAGAGGGUGUUGGGGCUGCUGCUGAUAACCUAGAUCAAGAGGGUGUUUGGUCUGCUGAUGAUAACCUAGAUCAGGAGGAUGUUGGGGUUACUCCUGAGUUUGUAUAUGGGGCUGCUAGUGACAAGUUAAGUGAAGAAGCAUCUAAUCUAGUAGAUGUUGAUGUAGACGGUAAUAUAUAUGAUUGUGUGAGUAGUGAUUCAGAUCUAGGAAAAAUAGCACCAGAAGAUGGGUCAGAUAUAGAUGAGGAGUUGAGAGCUAUUAAACAAGAAAGAAGAAGUAAACAAAUAAAGAAACAAAAGGCUGCUGCAACUCAAGAAAUUCCAGUUGGAGAGGCUGGUGGUAUAGAUAGAGGGUUUGAGGAUAUUGGGAAAAAUAAGUCUAACAAAUAUGCUGGGAAAUUGGGUUAGAUGAGGAAUAUAUUGAUAGCUCUGACUGUUGGAGUGAAGAUAGUGAGGAACAACUUGUUGUAGAUGCUGUAAGGGGGGUAGAUUUACCUUCUAGAAGUAAAAGCAAAAAAGUUAGGUAUGAUGAAGAUUGUGAGGUGGCAGUUUUUGAGCUUAAAAUGGUCUUUGAUGGUGUAACACAAUUUAGAAAGGCUCUAGCAGACUAUGCUGUAGAAUAUAAUAGAAAAUAUGGGUGACUGGAAUCUGGAAUUUUCCAGAUUAUGUGACUAUGCUGACAUGAUCAAGCAAACCAAUCCAGAAAGUAGUUGUUGGGUUAAAAUUGAUAAGGAGACUGAACGUGGGAAAAACUUUUUUGUAUACUUCUAUGUGUGCUUUCAGGCAUUUAAGCAAGGCUGGUUGGAUGGGUGCAGAAAAAUAAUAGGAUUUGAUGGUUGUUUUCUCAAAGGAGCUUGUAAGGGUGAGCUAUUGGUAGCUGUGGGAAAGAAUAGGAACAACCAAAUGUAUCCUAUUGCCUGGGCAGUGGUGGAUACAGAGACUAAACAUAGCUGAAAUUGGUUCAUAAAGUAUUUGAUUGUUGAUCUGAAUUUGGGAAAUGGUGAAGGGUUGACUGUAAUGUCAGAUAUGCAAAAGGUACCAUUUCUGUUCCAUUUACUUAAAAUUUCAGUUUAGUAGAGGACAUUUCAGCAUGUUUAACUGUUUUUUUUUUUGUACUUUACAUAUUUUUGGAAGGGACUUAUUCCUGUCUUGUUGGAGCUGCUGCCAAAUGCUGAGACAAGGAGAUGUGCUAGACAUGUUUGGAGUAAUUGACACAAAGAAUGGAGAUGAGAAGAAAGAAGGAAGCAAUUUUGGAGAUGCUUUAAGGCUAGCUUUGAAGUCAAGUUUAAAGAGGAGAUGGAUAAAAUGGCCAAAUUGGGUAAGCCCAAGAUAAUGGAGGAUUUUAUGCAUUAUCAGUCUUUUACAUUUUGUAGGGCAUAUUUCAAGUUUCAUUCCAAGUGUGAUGUUGUGGAAAAUAACAUAUGUGAGACUUUAAAUUCUUGGAUCUUAGCUGCUAGACAUAAAUCUAUUAUCACCAUCUUAGAGGAAAUUAGGCAUAAUAUGAUGAAUAGGCAUGUAGACAUGAUCAAAUUUGCUGAAACUUGGAUUGAUGAUAUUGCCCCUAUGACAAGAAGAAUAUUAGAAGAGAACAAGGAAUUGUCUAAUAGGUGUCAUGUUCAAUGGAAUGGGGUGCAUGGUUUUGAAAUUAGAGAUGGUGGGUUCACAUUUGUUGUCCACUUGGAUAAGAAAUAUUGUGACUGUAGGCUAUGGAUGUUAGGGGGUAUUCCUUGCCCUCAUGUUGUUUGUGCUUAUUAUUACUUGAAUCUAGAUCUUGAUGCACAUGUAGAGCAUUGGUAUAGGAAGGAAACAUUUCUUAAGGCUUAUAGUCACUUCAUCCAACCUAUUACUAAUACGAGGAUGUGGCCUAAGACUAUAAACCCAUCAAUAGAGCCUCCAGUGCCAAGAAAAAUGCCUGGUAGACCAAAGAAGAAAAGAAUGAAGGAUAAAGAUAAGCCAAAGAAAUAUGGAAAGUUGUCAAAAAAGGGUGUGAAGAUGCCUUGUUCACUGUGCAAACAAGUUGGCCAUAACAAGACUGCCUGUGGAAGAGGACAUGGAAUAGGUGAUCCUUGUCAACCAAUACCCUCAACUGAAAGGCAAAAAAGUCAAUCUCAACCAACUCCACCAACUCAAUCUAGCUCUAUUUGUAGUGACACAAGUUCUGUGCCAAAAGAUGCCCAAACUGUUGCUCCAACACCAGCAAUAAGUAUAUCUUUUAAAAGUCAUUUACAUCUUCAUUUAAAUUGCACAAUUUAUACACUUUGGAUCAUUUACAUUUUUAAUUGUGUAAUAUAGUCUAGAAUGAAGGGUCCUGCAUAUCCAACUGCUAGUUCAGCUUAUGCAACUACAUAGUCAAGCCCAAUUUGUGGUGACACAAGUGCACAAAAGAGGGCUCAAGUUGGAGCUGGCAGGGGAAGGGGCAGAAAAAAAUUCACAAAUGCAAGAGGGGUACCAUUUGUGAGUGCAAGAGACUCUUCUUCAAGUCAAUUGCCACCAUUAUCAGGCCACAAAAGGGCAUAUACUACUGCUAGUUUUGCUGCAGUUACUGGAAAUAAAAGUAGGCCUACAACUGAUUUUGGUGUAUACUCUAAUCUUGUUACUGGAGCACAAGUCUUUAAUCCUGGUACAUCAAGUGAGGGGGUUCUACAUUGUGCAACAAACUUGAAGUGUGCUUCACCAACAAAUAUUGAUAUUGGUUAUAAAGCUCGUGGACUGAAAUGACAAGGAAAGGAUGCAAUGACCACAUCACAACUAUCCGAAAUGAGAGCUAACAAGAGAAACCAAAACGCUGCAUCAGUAGCAAGCAGAUCUUCAGCAGAAGGAAGCUCCAACAAGUAGUUAAUGUAGGAAAUUUGUCACAUUUAGGGUAUUUGAAACAAUGUCUUUAGUAUAUGUAAACUGCAACAGUGCUGUCUAUCUAGACUUAUUAUUAUGCAUUAAUUUGGUAUUGGGCAGUUUUGCCAAUGACAUUAGCAAUGGUACUCUUUGA